UGGUGUCGUAAGUCGCUACCGCCCGGUCGUAGGUCACGUGACGGUGUUUCCCCUCCCUCUGACCCCCUGCCUCCAGGUUCUGAGAAGAUGGCGAAGGUCUCAGAGCUUUACGAUGUCACUUGGGAAGAGAUGCGAGAUAAAAUGAGAAAAUGGAGAGAAGAAAACUCACGAAAUAGUGAGCAAAUUGUGGAAGUUGGAGAGGAAUUAAUUAAUGAAUAUGCUUCUAAGCUUGGAGAUGAUAUUUGGAUCAUAUAUGAACAAGUAAUGAUUGCAGCCCUAGACUAUGGUCGAGAUGACUUGGCAUUGUUUUGUCUUCAGGAGUUGAGAAGACAGUUCCCUGGCAGUCAUAGAGUCAAGAGACUAACUGGGAUGAGAUUUGAAGCCAUGGAAAGAUACGAUGAUGCUAUACAACUGUAUGAUCGAAUUUUACAAGAAGAUCCAACUAACACUGCUGCAAGAAAGCGUAAGAUUGCCAUUCGAAAAGCCCAGGGGAAAAAUGUGGAGGCCAUUCGGGAACUGAAUGAGUAUCUGGAACAAUUUGUUGGAGACCAAGAAGCCUGGCAUGAACUUGCAGAACUUUAUAUCAAUGAACAUGACUAUGCUAAGGCAGCCUUUUGCUUAGAAGAGCUAAUGAUGACUAAUCCACACAACCACUUAUACUGUCAGCAGUAUGCUGAAGUUAAAUAUACUCAAGGUGGACUUGAAAACCUCGAACUUUCACGAAAGUAUUUUGCACAGGCAUUGAAACUGAACAACAGAAAUAUGAGAGCUUUGUUUGGGCUUUACAUGUCGGCAAGUCAUAUUGCUUCUAAUCCAAAAGCAAGUGCAAAAACAAAAAAGGACAACAUGAAAUACGCUAGUUGGGCAGCUAGUCAAAUAAACAGAGCUUAUCAGUUUGCAGGUCGAAGUAAGAAGGAAACCAAAUACUCUCUUAAGGCAGUCGAAGACAUGUUGGAAACGCUGCAGAUCACUCAGUCUUAAGGACAUGAGUGUCAACAACAUGGUUGGAGAUAAAACAGCCAUCUUACAACCAUGAAACAAUAAAUAGGAGUAUGAAAGCUACCUUUCAAAGAUGAUUUUGUAGAAAGAUUAGGGAGAGCCUGGGUCCCUGAUGGCAUAUUGAACACCUGAACCAACAUGAACACUUGCCAACCUCUACACUUACUACAUGAGAAAAAUAAACUCUGUUUAGAUGUUGUUUGGAUUUUCUGUUACUUUUGCCAUGCAUAUUUCUGACUACUAUAUCCAUCAUUCAGCUUUUUUUUUUUUUAAUAUGAAAAACUCUUAUUUUAGACAUGCUGGGAAUGGUGUUUCAUAAUGUAAUGAUUUAAAGUAGAGAAGCAUAUAUAACAAAAGAAGUAAUAUUUUGUUGCAGUUCAGCACACACUGUUUAAGCCAACUUUAUAGGAUAGUAUUGACUUGGGAGCAGAGGAGGAUGUAGAAAAGAGAUUUGGAAGACUAAUGUUCAGUAUGCUGGGAGCAUAUAAUUUUUAUUGGUAAAUAUUUCAAAGAAUCUUUUUUUUUUCCAGCGCCACAUUUAUUCUCAAAUAACUUCAUUUUACUUCAUUUCAUAGAACUGUAGGAUUUUAGAAGGGACUUGAAAGAUGAUUUAGUUAUACUCCAUUUUAAGGUGAGGAAUUGAGCGAGGUUCUGAGAAAUUAAGCCCUUCUGUGACAGAGCAGGACUAGGACGUUAGGAGUUCCCAAGUCAGUGUUCUUUCUAGUGUACUCAUAUGCCUUUUCUGUGAAAUGUUCUUCCUAUUUUAGAGUAACAAAAUUAAAAGAUAGAUAUAGCCAAGAAACAUUGCUUAUUAACAGAGCAGGUAUUAGAAUUCAGAUUUUCUGACUUGUAAAACAAUUUUUUAGAGGAAUAAUAGUCAUAAUUUCUUUUUUUAAGUCAUAAUUUCAUUUUGAAUUAAAUCGAACUUAAAACUCAAUUGACCAUUUAAGCUGUUACUUCAUGUAACAUUGUGAGAAGUAUUUAAGACUAUUUAGAACUAUUUCAAGCCUUUUACUUUGAACCUCUGAUGUAUCCUAUCUCCCUUCGCACUCUUGACAAAGCAACCUUUUGUUGCAGACUGAAUUGUGUCCCCCCAGUACUCCUAUGUUGAAGUCCUAACCCUAACCCCCAGUACCUCCGAAUGUGAUUUUAUUUGGAGAGAGCCAGUUAGGUCAUAAUGAGUGGGCCGUAAUCCAGUAUUGAUUGAUAUCUUUAGAAGAGGAGAUUAGGACACAGACACACAGAGGAAGGACCGUGGGAAGACAAAGAGAAGAUGCCCAUCUACAAGCCAAGGAGUGAUUCCACAGAAGAAACCAACUCUCCUGACACCUUGAUCUUGGACUUCUGGCCUUUAGAACUAUGAUAAAAUAAAUUUCUGUUGUUUAAGA